AUGAUUCGAUCGGCAUCUGCGGUGCGAGGAGCACGAGCUUCCACCUCGAACCUCAUCGUACGGGCUGAUGGUGAUGGAUGGCCACCGGCCUGGCUCUUGCCAUCGAUCAAGCAGUUCUCAACAGCAUCCGUCCUGUGGUCUUCGAAAGGUGCGGAGAGGUAUGCGUUUCCGAGCAAGGCGAAUCCUACACCCUACGAGAUCUUCCACUUCCCCAAGCGCGGGGUUACAUCUGCAGAAGUCAAAUCGCGGUACUACGAUCUCGUUCGUACACUUCAUCCUGACCGCUACAACUCGGAUCAGGGUAAGACAAAGUCGCAGGUCGAGGAGGAGUUCAAACAAGUUGUUCAAGCCUACAACAUUCUGAAGGAUAGCAAGAAGAAGCAUCUGUACGAUCGUGCCGGUCUAGGAUGGACGCAAACCUCACCCUCCAUCCCCCCCUGGCAAGAUCGCCGAUACACUCGACGCUAUUCUCCAGGCUACCGUGGUGAAGGACACGACAGGUUCGGCUGGCAAAACCACGAUUUCUACUCCAACUUCACUCGGCCCUCUGCAAGUGCAGCUGGGUGGAAUGGCGGCAACGGCAAGAUCACAAACGGAUACUUUAUCAGCGCCAUCUUUGUCCUCACCUGGGUCCUCGCCGGUUUGCAAUACUCGAGGCUGAGUUUGCAGAGUCAAAAAGCCAUCGAAAGAGCAGACAAGCACCAUCUGGACGCAGCAAAGAGCCUCCACGAAGCAAGACAAAUCGCCCGCUCCGACGAGGGCAAACAGCGCUGGUUCGCCAUCCGACAACGAGCAAGAGAACAGAAAUUCCUCCAGGACAAAGACUCUCAGGAUGACGCGGGCGCCUAUGGUGUCGGGCACGGCGGUCCAAGUGGCAAUUAA